AUGGUAAUAGUAACGGUGACAGUGAUGGUAAUGGUAUGGAUAAUUGAUAAUAACGGUAACAGUUACCGUAAAGGUGAUGGUAACGGUAAUGAUGACAGUAACGAUUACAAUAAUGGUCAAGGUGACGGUGAUUAUAACGGCAAUAGUAAUAGUAACGGUGACGGUGACCGUAACGAUAAUGGUAAGGUUGACGGUGACAAUGACGGAAACGAUGACGCUAGUGGUAUCACAUAUUGUAACGGUGACGGUAACCAUAAUGGUAACGAUAAUGGUGACAUUGAUUGUAACAUUGACGGUAACGUUGAUAGUAUCAGUAACGAUGAAGGUAAUGGUAACGAUGACUGUAAUGCUUACGAUGACAGUGAUGGUAACGAUGAUGGUAAUGGUGACGAUAACAAUGACGGUAACAGUGACGAUAACGAUGAUAAUAACGUUUAUGAUAACAGUAAUUGUAAUGAUAACAGUGACGAUGAUGGUAAUGGUGACGAUAACAAUGAUAAUAACAGUUAUGAUAACGGUAAUGGUAAUGAUAAUAGUGACGAUGAUGGUAAUGGUAUGGAUAAUGGUGAUGGUAAAGGUGACAGUAACAGUAACGUAACGAUGACAAUAGUGAUUAUGAUAACGGUAGCGAUUAUAGUAACGGUAACGGUAACUGUGAUAGUAACGGUAACGGCGAUGGUGACGGUAACGACAACAGUAACGAUUACGAUAAUGGUCAAAGUGACGAUGAUUAUAACGGUAAUAGUAAUAGUAACGAUGACGAUGACUAUAAUGAUAAUGGUAAGUAACGGUAACGGUGACGAUAACGAUGACAGUAACAGUGACGGUGACUGUAAUGCUUACGAUGACAAUGAUGGUAACCGUGACGAUAACGAUGACAGUAAUGGUGACAAUAAUGAUGACGAUAAUGGUAAUAGUAAGAGUUACGGUUGUGGUAAUGGUAAUAGUCAUAGUCAUGGUAACAGUAACGGUAGUGGUAACGGUCACAGUAACGAUGAUGGUAACAAUAACGGUAAUGUUAAAGAUAAUGGUGACAAUAACAAUGGCAGAAAUAGCUAUGGUAACUAUGACUGUGAUGCUAACAGUAACGGAAAUGUUAAAAAUAAUGGUGACGGUAAUAGUGAUGGAAAUGACGAUGGUAACGGUGAUGGUGACGAUAACGGUAACGAUGACGAUUACGAAAAAGGUUACAAUGAUGGUAACGGUAUUGGUGACCGUGAUAGUAAUGAUAAUAGUAAAGAUGACAAUGACAAAAACAGUAACGGUAACAACAAUGGUGACUGUGACGAUGGCGAUAACGAUCACGGUCACGAUGACAGUAACGUUGACGGUAACAGUAACAAUAACAGAAAGAGUAAUGGUAACGAUGAUGAUAACAAUAACGAUAAUGGUAACGAUUACUGUAACAGUAACGGUGAUGGUAGUUGCAACGGUAAUAGUAACAGUGACGAUGAUAGUAACGGUGAUGAUGAGAGUAACUAUUACGGUCACGGUCACGGUAACAGUGAUAGUAAUGGUAUCACAGACGGUAAUGAUUACAGUAACGAUAACCAUGAUGGUGACAUUGACGUUAAUAGUGACAGUAACGGUAAUGGUCACAAUGACGUUAAUAGUGACAGUAAUGGUAACGGUGACGGUCAUGAUAAAUGGUGA